AUGCCGAGCAACAGCCUCCAACGGUGCCUUUUAGGAGUUGAAGAGGAGGGUAAAAAAAGUCGCCGCCAUGUAACCCGUGCAGCCAGUGUAACCAGUACAAGUGUAACCAGUAACCAGUGUAACCAGUGUAACCAGUGUAACCAGUGCAACCAGUGUAACCAGUGUAACCAGUACAACCAGUGUAACCAGUGUAACCAGUGCAACCAGUGUAACCAGUGUAACCAGUGCAACCAGUGUAACCAGUGUAACCAGUACAAUCAGUGUAACCAGUACAACCAGUGUAACCAGUACAACCAGUGUAACCAGUACAACCAGUGUAACCAGUGUAACCAGUGUACAACCAGUGUAGUUACAACCAGUGUAACCAGUACAACCAGUGCAACCAGUGUAACCAGUACAACCAGUACAACUAGUGUAACCAGUGUAACCCAGUGUAACCAGUGUAACCAGUACAGCCAGUGUAACCAGUACAACCAGUGUAACCGGUGUAACCAGUACAACCAGUGUAACCAGUACAACCAGUACAACCAGUGUAACCAGUACAACCAGUGUAACCAGUACAACCAGUACAACCAGUGUAACCAGUACAACCAGUGUAACCAGUGUAGCCAGUAUAACCAGUGCAACCAGUGUAACCAUUGUAACCAGUAUAACCAGUGUAGCCAGUGUAACCAGUGUAGCCAGUAUAACCAGUACAACCAGUGUAACCAGUACAACCAGUACAACCAGUGUAACCAGUACAACCAGUGUAACCAGUACAACCAGUACAACCAGUGUAACCAGUGUAGCCAGUGUAACCAGUGUAGCCAGUAUAACCAGUACAACCAGUGUAACCAGUGUAACCAGUACAACCAGUGUAACCAGUGUAGCCAGUAUAACCAGUGUAACCAGUGUAACCAGUGUAGCCAGUAUAACCAGUGUAACCAGUGCAACCAGUGUAACCAGUACAACCAGUACAACCAGUGUAACCAGUGUAACCAGUACAACCAGUGUAACCAGUGUAACCAGUACAACCAGUGUAACCAGUGUAACCAGUGUAACCAGUGUAACCAGUACAACCAGUGUAACCAGUACAACCAGUGUAACCAGUACAACCAGUGUAACCAGUACAACCAGUGUAACCAGUGUAACCAGUACAACCAGUGUAACCAGUACAACCAGUGUAACCAGUGUAACGUGUGCAGGUGUUCCUGGGCCUCCUCCACGCUGCAGACCUCCGUGGGGCCUCCAGCCGCUCGGUGGAGAAGAUCUUCCUUCACCCCGACUUCCAGUCAGAGAACUACGACAACGACAUCGCCCUGCUGAGGCUGGAGGGGCAGGUGGAGGUGACGGAGCUCACCCGGCCCGUGUGUCUGCCCCCACCCCACAGACAGGGUGACCCCCCCUCCCCUCUACCUAACUCUCUGGGUGUGGUUGCUGGGUGGGGAAUAUCCAACUUCAAUGCCACCUCCUCGUCG